UCAUCGAAAUCGAAAUCGAAGAAGGCAAAGACGAGUGUAAAGAGAGAUAGAGAGAGAGAGAGAGAGUGCCACCCCCCUUUGGGCCCCACCGCUUCUUUUUGUUUUUUGUUUUGUAAUAAAUAGCGCUGUAUAAAGCGACCACGCUACCAAACGGCAAGAACCCGCGCUGUGAGCUGUGAGCAGAGCAACAACGCAGAUAGACGGAGAGGAGAGCCCGGAGAACGGAACGGAACACGGACAGAACAACGCAGAACAGAACAGAACACCUUAAAGCCAAAAACCAAAGCAACAAAAGCGAACGAAGGAAGGAACAACAAAAGAACGAGCCAGAAGAUACCAGCGGGAGAAAGACAGAGACAGAAGGCGAGAACACAACAAAGAACACAAGACAGAAACAGAAACCGAAACCGAAACGGCAUAAAAUAGAGCUGAAAAAGUUAGAGGAGGAGAAGGAGAAGGAGAAGGAGAAGAAGAAGGUGGAAAAAUGACAACGAAACAACCAAGAAAAGUGGCCCCCGAUGGCGGCUGGGGUUGGGUUGCCUGCUUUGGCGUUAGUUUGGUCAACCUGGCCACACGCUCCAUUGAGCCAUCGUUCGGUCUACUCUUUGGCGACACCCUGAAGGAUCUCAAUGUGGGCACCACUGGGGCGGCGGUGAUCAUCAGUGCGCUGGACGUCUGCAUGAAUUUCUCGGGGCUGUUUGUCGGGCCACUGCUGAAGGAGUUCUCCUACAGAAAGGUGGCCAUUGCCGGCUCCCUGCUCUGCGGCCUGGGCCUGGCCCUCACAUCGCCGGCCACCAGCAUGGCGCACAUUCUGAGCACCUAUUCGGUGAUCAAUGGCAUCGGUGUGGGCCUGUCCACGUCGGCGGCAUUUGUGGCAUUGAAUCACUACUUCAAGCACAAGCGCGGACAGGCGGUGGGCCUCUCGAUGGCUGGCACGGCCAUUGGCAUGUUGAUCAUGCCGCAGCUGGUGAGGAUCCUGCUGGAGGCAUAUGACUUUCAGGGCGCUGUCCUGCUGCUGGCGGGAGUCGCGCUGAACGCCACUGUCGGUUCGGUGCUGCUGCAGCCGGUGAAGUGGCACAUGAAGGAGGAGUUCGAUGAUGAGGAGCUGAUGUGUAUAUCGGCAUUGCCGACACCCCAGCCCCAACUGCAGCUGGGUGGCGGCGGUGUGGCUGCGUCGGCGGCCUCGCCGCCCGACUUCAAAGUGAUCAAAGAGGAUGGCAACGAGGAGGAUGCUCUGCCCGAGAUGAACACCCUGCUGUUCCACAAGCAUCACGCCCACCAGCACUCGAUGCGCAAGAACUACUCGGAGAUGGCCAUGAACACCAUGAAUGGCUCUCGCCUGGGCAUACCCAAGCGACCCACAUUUCCGCGGAUCAUGUCCCUGGCGGGCGUACAGUCGGCGGCCCAUGGGGCCGGUGCCGAUGGCGCAUAUACCUCGCAGGCGGAGAUCAAUGCCACGCAGCUGCGCUGUCGCAAGGCCUCGGUUACCUCGAACCUCUCCUACAUGGACUUCACCGGCUCCAUUCUGCAAGUGCACCUCAACACCGGCGACGAUGAGUUCGAGCAGAACGACCGCGAGCUGCGACGCGUUGGCACCGCCACCGGCAGUAUUGUCCUUGGCGGACAUCGCGACAGUUUCAUCAAAAUGAAGCCCACGGAGCUGGACAAGCAGACGGAGGCCGCUCUCGCCGCCGCUGCCGAUGAGGAGGCCAAAAAGAAUAAACCCAAAAAGCCGGGCUUUUGGCGCCGGUUUGCCGAUCUCCUGGACAUUGACAUGCUCAAGGACAAGAUGUUCCUCAAUCUCCUGUUCGGUCUGUCCAUCUUCUAUGUGGCCGAGAUGAACUUCAAGAUGGUGACGCCGUUCUUUUUCGCCAAUCUGGGAUACCAAAAGACCGAUGUGGCCUUUUGCCUGUCCAUCACGGCCAUCACGGAUAUCGCAGCACGGAUUGUCUUGCCGCCGAUCUUCGAUAGGACCACAAUCAGGAAGCGUACCAUUUUUCUGGUUUCCAUCAUUUUUGUGGCUCUAACACGUUCAAUCAUGGCAGAGCAGACCGAUUGGACACAGCUGAUGAUUUGGCUAUCGAUUUGCGGAUUCUUCCGUGGCUCGGCAUUGAGCAACUUCACGCUCACCGUCUCCGAGUAUUGUUCGCUGGAGAAGCUGCCAUCGGCCUUUGGCUGGCAUUUGGUGGGCAAGGCAUUGUUUGUGAUAUCCUUUGGGCCACUGAUUGGCCUCAUCCGUGAUCUGACUGACAGCUAUCCCAUUUGCAUACACACCCAGAGCUUCUGCAUUAUGCUGUGCGCCUUCGCCUGGGGCAUUGAGUAUUUGGUGGAGUUCCUAAAUGCGCGCCGCCGCACUGCAGAUGCCGCACAGGUUCCCACGCAGGAUUCGGCCGCAGCAGGAGCGCCCACGCGGACCACGCACGAUGUCAAGUUGUAAAAUGGAAGCUGGGGAACAAAACGAAACAAAAUGCAGAAGGAUUAGAUAUGAGCUACUAUAUUUAUAAGGAAGACAAGGCUCGCUCCCGCUGUAGUGAGGGGAUUCGCACCCACACCCCCAUCCCACACCCCUUCCACACACAAAAUGUAUUAAAAACUUAGUUAAUUGUGUGCUUUGUUCUUUUUGUUUUCUAAAUGAUUUAAUGAUUAAGAAAUUACCAUUUAUUUUGUAUUGUAUUUUCGCCCCGUUGAAUGAUUUUUUUUUUUUUCUUAUUUGGUUUCGCUUUGAUUUCUGAGUUCUCUCGCUCUUUUUGUCGUUUAUUUAGUGAACUUGUAUGUGAUAGUUCAAAGAUAGUUUCUAAUUUAGAUGAUAAACUAAUACAUACACCAUAAAUACACACACACACACACACAUA